ACCUCGCUCCCCGCUUCCCCUCCUCCCCCCAAAUGGUCUCUCCCAGAGGUUACCGGAAGUUGUUAGGCGCUGCCAUGUUUUCAGCUGCUUUGUUGUAGGGUUUCAUGUAGUGAUUCUUCGCCGAUUUUUUUUUUUUUUACGUUUUUUUCCUCCUUCCUUUUUUCCCUCCAAGCUCUGCUGUUCUCCCUCCUCCCCUUUUUUUCUUCUCCCCAUCCUUUUCCCCGGGAUCGCCAUGGAGGCCAACUGGACCGCUUUCUUGUUCCAGGCUCAUGAAGCUUCACAUCAUCACCACCACCACCACCAUCAACAACAGGCAGCCCAGAAUAGCUUGCUGCCACUCUUGGGAGCUCCUGUUGAGCCCCCUGAUCAGAAACCCAUUUUACCUUUACCAAUCACAACACAAAAACCUCAGACCCCUACAGAACCUUUAAAAGAGCCUGUCGUAGUGAAGAAAGAAAAAUCCAAAACUUCUUUUAUUUGCACAUAUUGCAGCAAAGCAUUCAGGGACAGUUACCAUUUGCGACGCCACGAGUCCUGUCACACAGGGAUCAAGUUGGUGUCACGGCCAAAGAAAACACAAACAACACCGGUGGUGCCCCUUAUCUCAACAAUUGCUGGGGAGAACAAUAGAACGUCCUUUGUCUCAACCAUUGCAGGAAUAUUAUCAACCGUUACCACGUCUUCCUCAACCACAGUUCCAAGUGCUAGUACUAGCAUCCCAGCUAUGCCUGUGCCCCUGCCUGUUAAAAAGCCCAGCAAACCAGUGAAGAAGAAUCAUGCUUGUGAAAUGUGUGGUAAAGCUUUUAGAGAUGUUUACCAUCUCAACAGGCACAAAUUGUCCCACUCAGACGAGAAACCGUUUGAAUGCCCGGUCUGCAAUCAGCGUUUUAAAAGGAAGGAUCGUAUGACUUAUCAUGUUCGAUCUCAUGAGGGAGGGAUCACAAAACCCUACACUUGCAGUGUUUGUGGAAAAGGAUUCUCAAGGCCUGACCAUCUAAGUUGUCAUGUGAAGCAUGUGCACUCUACGGAAAGACCAUUCAAAUGCCAAACAUGUACUGCUGCUUUUGCCACCAAAGACCGGCUCCGGACACACAUGGUCCGCCAUGAGGGGAAAGUGUCUUGCAAUAUCUGUGGCAAACUUCUUAGUGCAGCUUAUAUCACCAGCCACCUAAAGACCCAUGGCCAGAGCCAAAGUAUCAACUGUAACACGUGUAAGCAAGGUCAAAAGCUUCAAGGACAACUUCAUGAACUUCAAAGUCCAGUUCAUUGCCGAAUCAAAUAUGAAGCUCCAGACUCACUCUUUUGUGCUGUGGAUCAGAAUCAUAGGACCUUUUCACUAGGUGAUUACACAUCUAACAUGUGCCAAACCUCCACUGUGGCUCAGACACCUGUGACUCUUACUUCUCCUUUCAAUAUUACAUCGUCUGUGGCUGCGUCAGGAACCUUGACAAAUCCAGUAACAGUGGCUGCGGCAAUGAGUAUGAGUAUGAGGAGCCCUGUGAAUGUCUCAAGUCCUGUUAAUAUAACUUCUCCAAUGAAUUUGGGGCAUCCUGUCACCAUAACCACCCCGAUUUCAAUGACCUCUCCACUGUCUUUAACCUCUUCUGUUAAUUUGCCUACUUCAGUCACUGCUCCAGUAAAUAUAGCGCACCCAGUCACUAUAACAAGUCCUAUGAAUCUGCCUACACCAAUGACAUUGGCGGGUCCACUAAACAUAGCUAUGAGACCAGUAGAAAGUAUGCCGUUCCUGUCUCAAGCGUUACCUUCUUCUCAGCCUUGGUAAUGAACAUUCAUAACAGUGUUAAAACAGUUGACUAAUUGAAAUCUACCAGCAACCUUCCAUUAUCUUGGAUUAAGAAGGAGCUUGCAAAAUAUUUGCAGACAUUUUGUUCCUUAAUUUUUAGCUAGUUUCUCUGUAGUUCUUAAACCGUCAUAUUUAUUGUUAUGGACCAUGUUAAAGGAUGGCGAGGAACAAAGGAAAAAAACAGUAAAAUGAAGAACAGGAUAGAAUAGACUAUUUUAUGUCAAAGGUUUUAAAGAAGAAAAACGGUGUAAUAAUGUUUUAUCCUUAAAUCUUCUGACUUUUUUUAAUUAAAAAAAAAAAAAAACACUAGCAAGCAAUCAUCAUUUUUAGGCUUGUGAGCUUGGGACACCUUCAUUAUUGUAACAAAUCAUUAACAUGCAAGUACAGUUGCUGCUCUGUGCUUAUUAAAUGUUUUUGAAAUCUAUAGAAGACAUAACAUCUCUAAAACGUAUUUCAGAGAAUCUGAGUUUCACCGUGGGGAUAUGUUAAAUCUAAGCAGCAUUCCCUAUGGGAAAGGAAAACAUCAACUCUGAUAUGCAAAGCAUACGAUAACUCGUCAUUCUGAUCUUUACUCUUAGUAGGCUUUAUGACCUAUUUGAAACUGUAAAUACUGUUAAACAUAAAUUCUGAAACAAGUAUUAGCAUUGUUUUUUGGUUUUUUUGUUUUGUUUUUUAUAAAACAAUUUGUGUUGUGGAUGAGAGUGUGGUACAUCUGUUUUCCCACACCUUAGAGACAUUUGUUACAGUAUUGAGGCAAAAGCAAUCUCAGUUUAAAAGCCCUUUGACCCAGAUUGGAGUUCAUCUGCAGUUUUACCAAACAAGCUUUAGAAGCCAGCGUGAUGUGAAAAAUUAGCCUCUAUGGAAUCAAGAACCCACAGUAUGGAUAUAAAGCACAAGGAGUAGCAGGAGAAAAAAAAAGCAUUCUCAACACACACUUCCUUUUUUUUUUUUUUUUUUUAUAAACAACCUGUUAUAUUGAGUAAAUGAAUCAGAGUUGUUCAAUAUGUACUUUGUCUUCUAUUAAGACUAUACAGUUUCUGUUCUAACCACUAACUAGUGAGCCCGGUAAGACAAGCCAAGAGAAUUUUUUUUUCCUUUUUAGGUUUUUUUUUGUGAGUAAUUUAAUAAUAAAUUGCUGUAGAAAUCAUCGUUUUUUUUUUUAAUGUGUAAAUAUGUCUUAGCAUUUUUUUGUUAUACCCCAAACCCUGUUCUUGCUAGUAUUCUUUUUAUUCAUGGUGACAGGGAUAGUUUAUUUUCUAAACUUUCCCCAUUAGCACUUGCUUAUUAGUUGGUUCACACAUUUACAGCCCCUUUCCAGCCAUUGCUUUUCUACGUGUACUUUUUUAGUUUACAUUUUAACCUUCCCAAAUAUUAACUGUAUUGUAGAAAAGGACAACUAAAAGAUAAAAAAAAAAUACUGCUUUGUAGCGCAUCAUGUGACAUUAACUUUUAUUUUUAGAUAAACUAAAAUCUUCAAUUGCGGUGGAGAGCACCACAUUUUAGAAUUGUGUGGCAGUGGUCUCCAGCCAUUAAGAUGGUAGGCUAUGGUAAUCAGACUCUACAUUUUACAAAAAAAAUAUAUAUAAAUAUAUAUAUUAGUUUUUUUUUUUGUUUUUUUUUUUUUCUCUUUACAGAGCCAGAGUAUAAUUUUGUUAAUUGCAUUAAGCCUGUUUGUUGGAGUCAUUCUAGCAUAUAAGGUAUAAAAAUGCUCAGUUGGAAGAAGUAUUUUACAAUUGCUGCCUAUUUCUUAAUGGGGCAGUGUUAAAAUGGCAUGCUUUAAACCAAGAAAAUGACUGUUCUCAGAAGAGAAGUCUGAAUAGGAAAAUACAAACAUCUGUUGGGGCUGAAAAUAUAAAAUAAAAUAAAAUUCAGUGUAAAGAAAAUUAAUUUUAUAACUGAUCUUUUGUAUUGUAGGACAUUACACUGUACAUCUUUUGUAUAUAUAAAAAAAAGCUUAGGAACUUUCUGUGUAGCAGAAAGCCACCACAUUCCUACACUUUUAAUGUAUAUGUUUGUUAUAAUGUCCAUGUAAACAUAAGCCCCAUGUUUGUGCCUUUUUAAUUAGUAUGUCUCAAUAAACAAAAAAUGUAGAGAAA